AUGUCUCAUCAAAAGACCGAAGUGGUUUCCAAGUCCAACGAAUUAACUUUUCUGAGGACAGUGGAUUUGGAAUGCUGUAUUUGUUAUAGCAUCGUGUCAAGGCCCGUUACCCUUGCCUGUGGGCACUCUGGCUGCAAAAAUUGCAUGGAAACUUGGGCAGAAUCGACAGCCACACCGUUGUGUCCCCAGUGUCGGGCAACGUUCCGAAAAGAAGAGCUGAGGUUAAAUGUGGCAAUGGAUAAGGCGUCCCGAGAUUUGCCUGUUAAAUGUAACAGCCAAGGCUGCCAGUGGAAGGGCAACUAUAGCGAUGCCAACGAUCACCUCAGACAUUGCCCAAAAGUACGAGAGAGGUGCCCCAACGAAGGAUGA